AUGCUUUCGAGUAGAGUCCAUGCCUCCCUCGCGCUCACCGGCAUAAUUGCGACCGCGCAGUCCCCCGAAUCUCCGCGAAACCGAUCCACCUCUUCAUUCGACCCGCCCCAAUCAUUCUUCCGGCCUGCAGUCACUGCGCACUCUCAUUCGACCCCUUCUUUCACAUAUACCCACCGAAUGGAGCCCGACUCAGAUGCUCACCAUACCACUACGGACGAGGAAGACGAUGUCGAUGUCAUUUACACCAAAGCCGUCCGUCACGCCUCCACUCUUCGUUCACGCAUUUUCGGCCCCGAACGGGUCGACACCAUAUCCACCGACCCAGACUUUCGUGGCGCAGGCGAGACGGAAACAGAGCUCGACGAACCAGACAUAUCUUUUGCUUUGCAGCCCUGCCAUCUUCCGACCUCCCGAAAACGACCCGCACCUGCUCCCUUAGUCCCCCCAGGCACCCUUGAACAGCGCCUUACCCCGCUCCUUUUCGAACUCUCUCGUCUGCUUGCGAUUGUGCCUGCCCUGAUCGGCACCGCGUACAAUAUUUUUAUGUUCUACAACCCCCCAUCGGGUCCCCGCGCACCAGAACGUAUCGACUACCUCGUCUCCGCUCUCUGGUCAAUCCUCACAGGUUACCAAUGCCUCGCACUAACCACGGGCCUGCUUACCCGCUGGCGCGUCUACUACCCGCCCCUCGCAACGCUCAUCCGCCUGCUCGCUUUGCAGGCCAUCUGCUGGCCAGCAACCCACCUGUCACUCACUCUUCUCGACCAUACCCGACGGCCAGCCGCAGUCUGGGCCGCAAUCGGCACGACAACCUGCAUGAGUCGAAGCGUGCAGAUUUGGGUGACCAGCAAUCUUUGGUGGGAUCCCCAACCACGCCCACGCCCGCCCCCGCCGGCCAACAAACCACAGCCGCCCAAACCCACCAAGCCAAAGAGCCACGGAGGCUGGCGUCGGUUUGGCGGACGGUGGGGCGGGAGGAGAUGGGACUGGUACGAAGUCGGGGUCCAUUGCAUGUUCCCCGCUGGCUGCGUGUACUUCGUCAUGGCGUGGGCAGAGCAGUUUCGCCGCGAGUGGUCUGGGUGUUGA